CGAUCAAAUCUGCGUGUCGACGAUGAGCAGUACUGUUGAUGUUCAGGAGCCUAUUCUCAGAAGGCACUUGCAGGACUUAAAGCAUGAAGAUGGCAUUUGGUCUGGAUACCUAAAAUCGGAAGAAGAGGUGAAACAACUGGAACGAUCGCUGGCUGCUGCCAACCUGAAAUUUGCUGUUCGUUCAUCACGCAGAAAGGCGGGUAAAGUUGUGUUCAGCACAGUAAACGGCGGUGUUCCAAUUCAUUUGGACCUUGUGCCGUUCCGAGUGCUUGGGGAUGCAACAAAACAGUGCAUCUUCGGAGAAGAGUACUACAAAAAGUCUGAUGCACAGCACAAAAAAGACACAACUGCAGACUGGCAAGCCAUCAAAAAGAAAAGGCUGCAGCUGCAGGGAACUAAAAAGAAAGGAUGUCGAGCCGUAAUGAACUUCAAGUACAUUGAACUGUAUCCCAAAAGCAAGGUUGAGCUGCCCCAGCCAUGUGGACGGAUAAAAAAGAAUAACAUGAAGGCCGACACAGCGAGGGAGUUGGAAGAAGAUCUCCGAUGUGGGGAAAGUAUUGAUACUGAGAAAAGAAUAUAUAUAGCAAUUUCGGACUUUUGUGUGCAUACCAACCAUGGUUUUGGUGAAAUUGAAGCAUUCAGCCAAACUGUCGACAAAGAUGUAGUACUGCGUAUCCAUGACCUUGUGCGAGAGGGUAUCACAUCUGUGUCGGACAUAGAUAAAUGUCUGCGGUACUAUGUGCAUGAUGUGCUUUUUGCCGAAAAAGAAAAACCGAACAGCAGCAGCAGGGCAUACUUCCCAACACAUGCAGACAUCAACAAUCAUGUGCAAGCUGCACUUAAGAAAGACCGGUUCAAUACAGUUGACCAAGAAAAUGCUGCUAUUUUAACCAAAAAGAUUAGGACAGAGCAGCCAGAAACGCACGUCUUUUAUAGACCACAUUCAGCAGGAAGCUCUGAGAAACCUUGCAUUGUCACUGACAAUGUCGAAGAGAUGGUGGCCAGUGAAUGUGAACAGACACUUCUUUUCUGUUAUCAGACAAAGUUUAUGAAAGAGAUGAUUGUCAAAUAUGGCACUUCUGUUGUCUGUUUGGAUGCCACGCAUAAAACAAGUGAUUAUGCUUUACCCUUGUUUCUUCUUGUUGUAAAAACACCAGUGGGAUACACGACAGUAGGAGUGUUCAUUGUGCAGUUCGAGACUUCGUAUUGUAUUGCAGAGGCCCUGAACAUCUUUAAAGAGUGGUCUGGUGGCAUUUCUCCAGAGUACUGGAUGGUUGAUUUCAGUCAAGCCGAAAUAGGUGCGAUACGUGAGGCAUUUCCGAACAGUCGCAUAUCUUUAUGUGACUUUCACAGACUCCAGGCGUGGAAUAGAUGGCUUCGUCGGAGAGAAAAUAAUGUUGAACAUCCAAAUGAUGUCUUGGAUCUGAUGAAGCAGGUUGCCAAUUCACAAAGUGAGGAGCAUUUUGAAAAGGCCAAGGAGGACCUUGUUAACUCUGUCCACUGGAAGAAUGAGAAGCUUCAAAAUUAUUUUGAAACUGUGUGGCUGCCCGUCAAAGAGCUCUGGGUAGCCUUUUACCGUCUAGGUUUCGACGUAGUGCUGAGCACCAACAAUGGCAUAGAGGCUCAGAACAAAGUGCUGAAAACACAGUACACCAAAAGUGCUAGUGGGAAACGAUCACUUACGUCUCUGAUAAAUGUUCUUGUUGUCAACUAUCUACCUCACAAUGAAAAAAAGUAUCAUCAAGUAACCAUGAAACAAUCCGCACUUUAUAGACAGUGGAAUGAAAAUGUUCCGUCAUAUCUGCAUGGCAGGCCUCAUAGUUUUGUAAAACACAUGUUGAGGAGGCAUAUGAAUGCUGUGGAGUACACACUUGCUGACAUAGAGGAGCUCUGUGUCAAAGGAACAUUUGCAGUUCGUUCUGAAAGUUGCAGUGUAGACAAGCACACAGUUGACUUCAACACACCAUGCUGCAGCUGCUUGGAUUUUGCAAAGAGCAAGUAUCCCUGCAAGCACUUCUGUGCUGUUUUUGACCAUGUUGAAGGGUGGUCCUUUCUAUCUUUGCCACAAGAUUACCUUGAUGGGCCACAGAUGACAUUGCAGCAUUCAGGAAUAGAACCAUGCAUUGAACAGAGUGACAAUGAUGUCGCCUCUCCAGCAGUGCUCACGGAGUCUGAACUUACUCAAACAAAUGCAUCACAAGCAAAUAUUUCACAACUGCGAAAGGAUAUUAGAGCACAGUGGGACAAAUGUAAUUCACUUCUUCAUUACUGUGAUGAGGUUGAAGCGUUGGAUAGAGUGAAGAGCUUUCUCGAGUCCAGCUUUACUGUUUUGGCAAAUGCUGUGCCACAGACCUCUGGCUUGCAAAUUAGGGGCUCUCCGACAAAGGGUUGUUCAUCAUUAAAGCCACUGCCAAAACGGAGAAGGCGUUGCUAACCUCAGAGGAAUUAUUUUUAGUUAAUGUCACCAUGCUUAAUAGACCAGAUAAAAUAAACUAUCAGAAUUUUUGUAUGCCGGGAGGGCUCAUGGCACUGUAACUUCAGAGAAAUUAUUCUUAGUUUAUGUCACAUUGCUUAAUAGAGUAGAUAAAAUAAACUAUCAGAAUUUUUGUAUGCCGGGAGUGCUCAUAUGGCACUGUAACUUCAGAGAAAUUAUUUUUAGUUAAUGUCACCAUGCUUAAUGGAGUGAAUAAAAUAAACAAUCAAAAUUUUUGAAUGCAGAGAGGUCUUUAGGCACUGUUAAGACCAAGCAUUCAGCCUGUUCCCUGUUACAAGUUUGUUACUUGGAGCUUUGCUUGUUCACGUUUCAAGAGCUCAAAUAGAAGUCUUUUAGUGGUAUCAUUUUAGUGGUAUCUGUGUAGCCCCACAGAAAAAUCGAAAUUGUUCUGCCUUUUCAGAACUAAUGAGCGUCUAUGGGCUACAACAAUAUGUGAACGAACCAACACGGUUUAACGCUUUAUUAGAUCUUUUACUAAGCAAUGACGAAAAUGUUAUUGUUCACACAAAUGUAUGUCCAGGAAUUAGUGAUCAUAAUUGCGUUGUUGCAGAGUUAAACGUUUCUAGAAUACCUGCGUGUAAGCAAACCCCUCGAAAUGUUUUCAUGUACGACAGAGGGGACUUUAACGCCAUUUCCGAAGAGCUGGUCUUGUAUUAUCCCACUUUUUUAUGCAUAUCGGAGUCAUGUGGCAUGGAUGAAUUGUGGCAAAUUUUCCGUGACAAGAUUACAGAGCUGGUGAAUAUGUACGUACCUCAGAGGUGUUUAAGAUGCAGAAAGAGGCACAAACCCUGGUUCAACUCUGAGAUACGCAAACUUGUUAGAAAAGCAGCGAAUGCCCAUAAAAGGUUUCUUAAAAAGAGAACAGCACUAAAUGAAACAAAGCUCAAAAGUGUAAACAAAGAGCUUAAGUUAAAACUAAAACAGGCAAAGCGUGUCUUCUUUGACAAGCUAAACACAGACUUGAAGUGUAAUCCAAAAUUCUUUUGGAAGUACGUCAAGAGCAACAGAAAAGAUGACACAGCUAUCCCUGACCUUUUAACCGAGGAAAAAACUAUAACGGAUGACUUGGAGAAAGCUGAAGCAUUUAACGCCUAUUUUCAGUCAGUGUUUUCAAAAAGGACUGAACACUCUCCAAUGCUACCUUCUAAAAAUAUUGGCAAUGAAAUGGCGGAAAUUGAAAUCGAUUACACUGGUUUGGAUAGUCUGCUGCGUACUCUGGACACCUCUAAGGCUACAGGGCCUGACGGUAUAUCAUCUCAUGUACUUAAAAAGUGUCACGUUAUUAUUGCACAAUAUUUAUGCAUAAUGUACAAGUUGUCUCUAGACACCGGCGUUAUUCCAAGGGAUUGGAAAACAGCCAAUGUGGUUCCUGUGCACAAGGCAGGAAGCAAAAAGCAUGUACAAAAUUAUCGUCCCAUAUCCUUAAUUUCAACCUGUUGCAAAUUAUUAGAACACGUUAUUUAUAGCGCAUUGUUCAAAUAUCUCGAAUAUACUCAUUUUUUUGCCCACUCCCAGCAUGGAUUUCGGCAGGGUCGUUCAUGCGUCACACAACUAACUGAAUUUCAGCAUGACGUACUGACUGCGCUUGACCGUAACAACAUUGUUGAUGCAUUAUUUCUCGAUUUUCGCAAGGCAUUUGAUACGGUCCCACAUAAUCUGUUAGAUAUUAAACUGGCUUCAUUGAAUAUUAAUGCUAAGCUGCAAACCUGGCUACGGAAUUACUUAAGUGGUCGUAAACAGUGUGUUGUUUUAAAUUCUAAAACGUCUUCAUAUGUAAACGUGACUUCAGGCGUGCCACAAGGUAGCGUUCUAGGUCCGCUGUUAUUUUUGGUUUAUAUAAAUGACAUAGCAUAUAACAUAAAAUCUUGCAUAAAAUUAUUCGCAGACGAUUGCGUCAUCUACCGUCACAUUACUUCAAUCGCAGACACUGAAUUAUUGCAAGAUGACUUAAACACGGUAACACAUUGGUGCUCCACGUGGAAUAUGUGCUUAAAUAUCUCGAAGUGCAGCCACAUCAGCUUUGCAAAGAACAUUUCAGAAAUCCAGUGCACAUACAGUAUUAAUGGCGAGGCAGUCAAAAAAGUGCCUGAGUGUAAAUAUUUAGGAAUUUACUUGAAAGAAUCAUUCCAAUAGAACAGACACAUAGACCAAAUGAUCUCAAAGGCUAGUAGAAUGUUGUUUUUUAUUCGUAGAAACUUUCAUUGUGCAACAAAAGAGGUGAAAGAAACUCUUUACUUCCUUCAUGUAAGGUCUAUACUUGAAUAUGCUUGUGUUAUCUGGGACCCGGCUUAAAAGUAUCUUGCAAAAACAAUAGAAAAAGUCCAAAACCAGGCAGCCCGUUUCGUCAGCAACAACUACGACCCAUUCGCUAGUAUGUCAGAAAUAAAGGCCACAUUAGGCUGGGAAACUCUAAAAUCUAGAAGACGGAAACUUCGAUUAAAACUUCUGCAUAGCAUAUAUUAUAACCUAACAGGAAUUAAUAAGUCUGAAUACCUACUAGCACCAACAUAUCGUUCCACAAGAUGCCAACACUCACAUAAAAUACGAGAAUACGCAUACAAAACCACUACUUUUGCCAACUCCUUCUUUUUAAAAACAAUUAGAGACUGGAAUGAACUUCCCGAAGGUAUAGUGAACUUGAGUGACAACAGUGCUUUUUUCUCAUCGUUGUGAAAUUGUGACAUAGGUAUUUCUCUUUUUGUACCUGUUUGUCAUGUGCAAUAUUGUACUAAAAUAUGUUUUUUAUUUUAAUUGUUAUAUGUUGUUAUAAUUGAAUUUUUCACUAUGUUUGGCGUCUUAUCGCAGAAAUGUUACCAACAAUAUUGACUUCCUAUGUAUACCCCCCUGCAGUAAUGCCACUACGGCGUUGCAGGAACUAUGUAAAUAAUAAUAAAAAUAAAUAA